CUGUGAGGACGUGUUCUGAGGAAGCCCGCGCCGGAGCCCGCAGGGCCGGCGUCAUGGAACCGCUGUACCAACAAACUCACAAGCAGGUCCACGAGAUCCAGUCUCACAUGGGACGCCUGGAGACGGCUGACAAGCAGUCUGUGCACAUAGUAGAAAAUGAAAUCCAAGCGAGAAUAGACCAGAUCUUCAGCCAGCUAGACCGUCUGGAGAUUUUGUCGAGCAAGGAGCCCCCGAACAAGAGGCAGAAUGCCAAACUCCGCGUUGACCAGCUGAAGUAUGAUGUCCAGCACCUGCGGACUGCCCUCCGGAACUUCCAGCACCAGCGGUGCGCCAGGGAGGAGCAGGAGAGGCAGCGAGAGGAGCUCCUGUCCCGCACGUUCACCACCAAUGACUCUGACACCACCAUCCCCAUGGACGAAUCUCUGCAGUUUAAUUCCUCCCUCCAGAAAGUCCACCACGGCAUGGAUGACCUCAUUGGAGGCGGCCACAGUAUUCUGGAGGGACUGAGGGCCCAGAGACUGACCUUGAAGGGGACUCAGAAGAAGGUCCUGGACAUCGCCAACAUGCUGGGCUUGUCUAACACUGUGAUGCGGCUCAUCGAGAAGCGGGCCUUCCAGGACAAGUACUUCAUGCUCGGAGGCAUGCUGCUCACCUGCCUGCUCAUGUUCCUCAUGGUGCAGUACCUGACGUGAGCCAGCCUGCGCCCACUCCGCAGCUGGACGGCGUCCUCAGCGUGCGAGUGUGUGUGCGCGCGAGUGCAUGCAUGUGCGGCCGGCAAGAGUGGGGACCAAGAGGCUGCCUGUUGACGUGAUUCUGUAACCUUGUGGAAGUUUCAAACAUGCUGUUUCCUGUGACAUCUUGGAGAGGGUGCUAAUGCCACUGAGGUAGACAGUGCUUAGGAAUACCCAUCUCUUGCGCUCUCUCCCCUCCUUCUCCCAUCUCCAUUUCUCUCUCAACUGGAAGAGGAAGCCAGGAAGGGGAAAGAGUGCAGGAGGAAGGGAAUGCCAGUGGGGUUCAUCCCCAGAGCACAUGCCCCCCGGGGAGGCUUUCGAGAUGCCCUGCAGAUGGAAUUGUCCCCUCUGCCAUUAUCUGGCCCUUUCUGGAUGGCUGAUGCGGAAGUAAAGAUGUCGGAGGGGGUGUCCCCUCUCCCUGCCCUGGUAUAGUCAGUCAGUGUACACCCUUGUUUUGAACCAUAUGCCCAUUCCCCCUUGAAAAAACCACAUGCAGCCUGCUGCUGCUCCUUGUCCCCCUUCCCUGGAAGCAGCCAUCCAGAACGAGCAGACAGCCAUGAUGUUGAUGAGACUUACACAUCAGACACCAGACCCUGCUGUCUGGCUUGCCAAGCUGGUGUAGAAUGGCCUGCUGAAGGAGUUGGGGGUGUGCAACCUGGCACCCGUGCUGUGCCCAGGCCAGAGGACUUUGCCCUGUGGAAGGUAGCAGUGGGCAGAGCUGCAAAGCCUGGGUUCAGUGCUUGGACUGGCUUACCUUCCUGGAAGUCUCUCGGCAACUACCCGCCCAGCCCUUGCUCGGCCCCACCAGCGUGGCUGAGGUCUGUGGAGCACAGGUCUGUGUGAGGCCAUGUGCAGGCCAGGCCCUCCUCCUGCUCUGCGCCCCCGUGUGGAGUGAGGCUGCGUGUGGGGAAGUGAUGGUAAAGCCAGGCCAUCUGCAGUCCCCACAAGUGCCAGGACGACCGGGGUAUCCGUUACAGGGCCAAGCUCUCUGGGUUGGAUAACCUUGGGACAAGAUAGACAGUGACCCUCAGACUUCUCCAGAGUUGGAGAGUUAGCCAGCGGGAACCCAGCCUUCAAUGGGCUCCACUCGCCCCCACUUCCUGUUCCUGUCGACAGCACGACCUCGUCUCACUUCCCUUCUGUGUGUUUCUGUGGCCCCUCGGGCGCCUUGGGUCUGUCUGUGGCAGAGCACCCUUGGGUGACUUCCUUGUAACAGUCCCAGCUCUGCGGCACGGUCAGUGUCCUAGGCACUGGUCUCCCACUGAGGCACCCGCCCUCACUGGCUCCCAGUACACGGAGCUGUGCUGGGCCCUGGGUGGACUCAGGUGAUGGGAGGGUAGACAGAGGGUCUCCACUGGGGGCCUGGCCAUCCUAGCCCAGGAACCUGAGGCAUCAGCAGACAGCACACUGGGAGCAAGGAAUGCGAAGAGCCGGGGAACCGAUUGGACAUGGACACUGGCAGCGGAAACCGCCCCCCUCCCCCCAGCCCGACUUCUGUGACCACUGCGAUGGCUUUGUGACCACAGCGCAGCACGGCCUCACUUGCCUUUGUGACACCUGUUGACCUUGAGCCAGAAGACCCACCUCCAUGUUGCACCUCCUGAGCCUCGGCCCCUACUUUGUAAUAAAAAUUGUGGGGCAGCUGUGGGUCUUUACUGCUAAGGGCAAAGGAGUGAAUGGCAGAGUGUCAAGGGACAUGGGCGUUGAGGCGGCACGACAUCAUGACACUACCUUCUCGAGUUCUCCCUCAAAGCCCCCUGAGAAACUGGUACUUCUUCACUGUGCACUCCCGAUGCUCCCACAGUCCUGGACUGAGGGCAGGCUCUGGGCCAAGGGAUGGGCGCCCUCUAGUGGAAGCGUCAGAGAAUUCUUAGGGCCACUGGGGCAAGAAACACCAGCUGACACCUGGCCUAUGCAGGACUGGGGACCAGUGUGCUUUAAAGCAGUGGCUUGUCAAAGAAUUGGGGACGCUUUGGUGGUGCACCAGGUUACUCCAGGAAUGACCACUUCAAGGAAAGCCACGCUCAAAGGCCAAACAAGCUUCCUUUUCUGCAAGGCCUCCCUGCAGGGUGCCCACAUGUAUUUCACUGGGUUUGAUUUGCAAAUUUGGAUUUAUCCCCAUCCCUGUCUUUAAGGGCAUCAGUUGAAUAAAGUUGAGAUUUAUUUUA